AUGCUAUUGCAAUUGAGUCUAUUGUUUGUUCUAUUUUGCCCCAUCAUUGUUAUAUAUUUCACAGGUGGAUUUGCAGGAUCUAACAACAGCAACGCAAGUCGUAAAAAGAAAAAGAAAUCAAAAAAGAAGAAGAAUGAACAAGAGCAGGAAGUAAUUAAGGAAGCGUUACCGCAGCAGCAAGAGCAGAAGAGAGAAGAAAAGGAACAGAAACAUGAUGAAAAGCAAGACAAGAAUAAAAAGAAACAAAAUAAAAAGAAGCAACAAGUAAAACAAGCGAUGGAAGAGAAGAAGCAAGAAGCAAAACCGAUGGUGGAAGACAAGAAGCAAGAGACAAGCCAGACAGCAAUUGAAGAUAAUAAGCAAGAAAAUGAAUCAGAGAGACAAGUAAAAGAAAUUGAUGAACAUAUGGAUCAUACUGUUCGUUAUGCACGUGUGUUGCGUAUAAAACCAGAAGAGGAAGAGGACGGUUGGGAACCUGUACCUUACGAGGAUGGAUGGAAUCAAGUAAAAGUUCGUCGUCCUGCAGGUCCUGCUACGACUCAUAGUAGCAGCAGCAGUACGAGUACAGUGAAUGUCAAGUUGGAUAAGAAACAACGAGAAAAUGCAGCUAGAAAAGAAAGACAAAAGGCGGCCAAAGCAGAGGCAGAGGCAUUGAGACUUCAAAAACUGCGAGCACAUCAAAAACAAUUAGAAAAGCUAAAAAUCGAAGAAUUUUACUCAAAAGGCAAAGGCAAGAAUUCACCUUGGGGUAAAAAUAAGACUAGUUCCAAAGUGCCUCAGUCAACAGCAAGCGUAAAUGAAUAUGGUCAGCUGAUUUGGGAUUAG